AUGAAGAAUAUUGAAAAGUAUACUAAAAAUUCUAACGAACAACAACUUACACGUUCAUGUUGUGCAAACUUGAUUACAUCAUCAGUAAAUACCACAAUCCUACCAUCAUCAUCAUCAUCAUCAUCAUCAUCACGUACGUCAUCAGCAUCCUUGUCAACACAACAACAACAACACCAAUUACCUAGUACUUCGAAUUCAAUAUUCAAUUUCGAUUUUACUUCAACAACAACUUAUCAAGAAUGGUUACAAAUGAUGAAACAUUUACAACAUAACGAUCAUUUAAAACAAUUUACCAAUAAUAACAGUAAUAAUAAUAUUCGAACGGAAUUACACUCUCAUUAUUCAUCGCCUACAUCUUUCAUUGAAACUAACAAUAAAAACAUUGAACUAUUGAACAAGAAAUAUGAUCCGCUACAUUCAAACAAUUUAAUAUCACAAUAUUAUUAUUAUUAUUAUUGUAAUUAUUAUUUUGGUUUACAAAAAUCACAUGAAUUUCUUCAAUCACAACAACAAAAUCAACUUGAUAAUAAUAACAGUCAUAGUGAAAUAUUUAAAUUUGACGGAACCGCCGAUACAACAUUCAAUUCAGAUAAACAAAAUAGUUCAUUGAAACAUUUAACACCAUCUGUUCAUUGUUCAAUUUCAACAUCAUCAACAUCAACAACUGCGACAACAAAAUCUAUUGUAAAAAAUUCACAAUUAUUUUCUUCUGCAAAUAAUUAUUCACCAAUUUUAUUUGAAGGUCAAGGACGAGUAAAUCAAUUAGGCGGUAUGUUUAUAAAUGGUAGACCAUUACCAUAUGAGACACGUUUAAAAAUUGUUGAAUUAUCCAACAGUGGUAUACGUCCAUGUGAUAUAUCACGUCAAUUAAAAGUAUCCCAUGGUUGUGUCAGUAAAAUUUUACAACGUUACAGUGAAACAGGUAAGUGA